UUCUAAUUUUAAUGAACGUUCAAAACAUAAUUUUUGAUUUCUUUUAAUUUUGAUGAUUUUUGAGAUAUCUAAGGAGAAGCUCAAACAAUUCUUGGACGAUGUACAUUUGUGAUAUUUAUUUUAUUUAUAUGAUUUUUAAUAGUUAUUACCUAAGAUGUGACUCUAAGAACAGCACCUUGACAUUUAAUUACUGCGAGCACCCCGAUUGCUCUUUACCAAACCAACACACAAUGUGCCUGGCUAAAGACAAGCAGAGUCCAAGAUUAUUUGCUUCAGGGAUGACUAUGUGGAUGAGGUACCAGAUGUUGCUGCUGCACAAUCGAAACAGAGAUAAUAUCGCGAUGGGGCUGGAGGCUGGGCAACCGCCGGCCACUAACAUGCGCAAGAUGUACUGGGACUACGAGCUGGAGGAGAUGGCGGAAAUAUGGGCGCGUCAGUGUCAGAAGCGACACGACGAGUGCAGAAAUACAAUAAGGUACAAUGUGUUGCAGAAUAUGGAUGUCAGACCUUUAGCACCCAGGGUCACGGAGGCGCAGUUAUUAGCUGAUGCAGUCGGUGCGUGGUUCUCUGGAUCAAGAAUGUUGAAUCCCGAGCACGUGUGGUCCUUUAGACUUUCAAACUGCAGUGCUCCAGGAGGCUGUAAUGCGCAUUGGUACUCGGCAGCCGCGUGGGCCUCCACUUGGAGAGUAGGAUGCUCGCAGGCUCUUUGUAAAGCAAGUAAGAGAGCAUGCGCCAACUACAGGAAAAGACGAACACUUGCAGAUACGACUAACUCGACCCGUACUUCAAACAAACUCAACUUAGUAAGCAGAACUAAAUACUCUUCUUCUGAGUACAACUCAUUUGAUGAUUUAGACACAACUAAGUUGAAUCAACAAGUGAAUGGCUCUCCACUGCACAGAGGAACUUACAGACAGAAUCAAAAGGAGGACAAAGACCAAGAACCACAUAUCUUGGCUUUUACAUUUUGUAACUAUGGCCCGGCUGGAAAUAUUGAAGGGUUUCCAAUAUACGAUACCGGUACCACUUGUACUAAUUGUCCGCAAGGGACACAUUGUGGUGACAGAACUCAUCGAGGCUUGUGUACAGUGGCAGGUGAUCCCGCGACCAAGAAGAAAACUUAAAGACAUAUUGUGUCAGUAGAUUAACAUUGAAAUAAUUUACACUCUAAUUUAAUGUGCAUUUCAGUUUUGAGUUUUUUAUUUUGGGCUCCUAAUUAGGGUAGGUUAAGUACUAUUUAGCCCAACUCUAAAAUUAAUUAAAACAUUUUAGAACAUAAAAGUUAGAUAACAUAAAAUUUUGAAAUUUUUCUCAAGGCAUUGUUAAAAACAG